AUGGCGACGACAAUGGGUGAUUCGUGUCGAUGCAUGUGCCGUAGCUUCUUAUUUGUGUGAUAUCGGAAUCUUUCGGGGCUAUUCCUUUUUUUAAAUACCGUCGUUUUGUUAGUCCGUUGUCAAGUGGAUACAUGAGAAUUUGUUGGGAAGAGUGUACGUGCGACAACGAUAAAUUUGAAAACAUAAGCGUGCCUUGUGUCCCCGACCCUCUUAUCCGAGAAUAAUGGCUGAAGUCGAAGGGAAGAAGCUCACCGAACUACGAGUCAUAGACUUGAAAACGGAACUCGAACGACGUGGGCUAGACAAAACUGGCAAUAAAGCGGCUCUCCUCGAGCGUCUCUCCAAAGCUAUAACCGACGAAGGCCAAAAUCCCGACGAAUACUUGAUAGUACCAUGCGGCGGAGUAUCUAAGAAUACUCCACGAAAGAAUAGCGUAACGGGUACAACGAAUCAAGAUGACUGCUCUACCGAUCUGGUAGAGAUUCAAAAGGAAGAAAACGUAGAUCUCACGUCUGAUAAUAAUGAAAUGAAAGUUAAAGUGGAACAGGAAUCUGUCGUGGAAAUGGAGACAGCAACGACGAAGAUAGAGGAGACCCAGAACGAUGGACAGACUAAUAUAGGAGAGAAGGAAGUGGAUCAACAGCAGCAGCAGCAGAUCAAACAAGAUGUUAAGAACCAUUUGAAUAAGAAUUCUGCCGAGAGUACGCCCUCAGCUAUGGACAAGAAAGUCGAAUCCGAAGCAGCGUCGGUGAUAAAUCAAAUUUCGAUCGUCGAAGCUAACGGUAUCGACAACGAAGAUUCCAUAAAUUUGACCAUCGGGGAAGACGAGGAGAAUCUCCUUGCUGAGGAGACGGAGUCUCACGAGAGGCGUAAGGAUGGAGGAGAAAAGAAGAAAGUGGAAGAAAACAAGAAGGGAGACUCUAAAGGGAGCGGUAGAGCAGAAGCCGGUGCCAACAGCAGCAAGGAAGGGACGACAUCGGGUGGAAACGUCGGGACGAAGAGCAAGCAGGACGGUGGUGGAGACGGAAGCAAGAGCGCGGAGUCCAGUGGCAAGAGUCAAAAAAGAGAUGACAAAGAUAAGAAGACCUCGCAAGUCAGUCCCGCUAACGCGAGCAGCAGAAACUUGUGGGUAUCUGGAUUGUCUUCGAGCACUCGUGCGACCGAUUUGAAACAAAUAUUCUCCAAGUACGGGAAGGUGAUCGGUGCUAAAGUGGUUACGAACGCAAGAACGCCUGGUGCGAGGUGUUACGGAUACGUGACCAUGUCCACGAGCGACGAUGCCGCAAAGUGCAUACAACAUUUGCACAGGACCGAGCUUCAUGGACGCGUGAUAUCUGUAGAAAAGGCGAAAGGCGACACUCAGCAGAGUCAUAUGCGUAAACGAGAUACGACGAACGGAAAAUCUGAGAAGAAAGACGAGAAGGAGAAGACGACGAAGGAUAAUCACGAGAUCGGCGGCGGUGAUCGUAAGGACAAAGAAGUGAAAAAGGAGACGGAUGACAAGGCAGGAUCCGAAGCAACGAAAAAGUCGGAUGAGACGAGCACGAACGAGAACGUCGAUAGUAAAAAAUCAACAGCAGAGACCCAAGAGAAAAAAGAUGAUGCCUCGAAGGACAACGAUAGUCGGUCUACGAAGUCCACCAGCAAGAAACCAGAGAGUGAAAGAGGAAGACGCGACGAGAAGAGAGUUCGAUCUUGGGAGCAUCAUCGGUCUCAUUCCAGAUCCCGUAGUCGCGAACGACGAAGGCGCGACGACGUCUUAACGUUCGCGAAGAUCAGGGAGGAGCGGGAGAGGCAGAGGUUACGCGAAAGAGAGAGGAUGCUUCGCGAAGAAGAACGGAGGAGAAGAGAGGACAUGGAGCGGCAGCGGGAAGUGGAACGUAGACAAAGGGAAGAGGCCGCGCGGCUGGAAAGAGAGCGAGAGAAGUUGCGAAGAGAAAGAGAACGGAUCGAACAAGAAAAGGCUGAAUUGCUUCGGUUAGAACGAGAACGACAGAAAUUGGAACGGGAGAAAUUGGAGCGGGAAAGACUGGAGUUGAAGAGGCAACAGAUGCGGCUGGAGGAGAGCAGGCGUGCUCCGCCACCGCCGUCCAUCAAGCGAUCCUCCAGCGAUAGAAGGGAUCCGAGGGACUUGUACGUGGAACCGGACAGGAAACGUAUGACCACUGAACAUAGUCGAAGACACAGUCCCGAAAGAGUGAGCGAUAGACGUGGUGAAAUCUUAGAUCGCGUCUCGGACAGACGACUAGACGCCUCACCGCCGCCUGCUCGUUACGAGUCUAGUAGAUCCGCUCAAGAUUUGGGUUUGAAGAAGGAGUUUAAACGUAGCAGUGACUUUACCUCGCGCAGCAGCCGUCCAGAUAGCUUUUCCGACGUGUCCCGUGGCCGAGAAGUGAUCGUGCGUCGAGAACCUCUCGGCACGUCAGCCUCGUCUAUUGAUCCUCGACAGGUUAAAGAAAGAUACGAACGUACAAGUACGACCAGUUAUACACGCGAUCGCGAUGUUCGACGUUCCGAAGCGGAUACCCACAGAAGUUCCAGGGAUAGUCACACGCGAUACGGCGACAGCUUUAAACCGACUAGUUCCAGCACUCCACGCGAUAGUCGUUACGUUGAAAGUAACCGUACGACCAGCAGUUGGCAUUCCGGGCCACCGUCUACGAAAUCGUUCAACUCCGUACCGAGCAGUGGCACGCGAGAUCCGCGGAACGAGCCGUCUAGUUGGAGUUCCAGGUCUUCCGAUAAUGUGAACAGAUGGAGUAAUUCGAGUAGCAUGGGAAACACGUUACGACAUCCGGUACCACCGACCUAUCAAAGCGGUCCUAUUCAAUCUAUGGGACUGACGGCACCAGGAACAGCACCUUCCUACGAUCGUUUCGACCCGUACAAAUCGUCUAUGCCGAGUAUGAGAAAGUAUUGAUCUCGUCUUGCUACUGCUGCUUCGUACCACCGUAGCGAAUAAAUAAAGUGGAAUACGGACUUGAAAA